AUGACAAUCGACCCAGUCCUCGCUACCCAGCCGCAAGAGCGCACCAAAGCUCACUGGAACGACCGUGUCGUAAAGAAACGCACCAGGCAAUUAGCUCUCAUUCCUUCAUCUUGGCACCUUCCAUCGGCGGUUUUAGAGAACCCACCUCUUUCAAGUGUGGAGGUAAUCCGUGGAAGCGGAAUACUUUCUCCAGAUGAGCUAGCAUGGACCGAGAUAACAGACAUCCGCGAGCUCGCCGAGCUCGUCAAAACUCAGCGUGUGACAAGCGAGAAACUGACAACAGCUUACUGCAAGCGUGCUGCGAUUGCACAGCAGUUGACCAAAUGUCUCACGGAAAUAUUCUUUGACAAAGCUCUGAGCCGUGCAAAAGAGCUCGAUGAGCACUUACGGAAGACGGGUGAGGUUGUUGGCCCUUUGCACGGAAUUCCAAUCUCAGUGAAGGAUCGGUUCGAUGUUGAGGGGCUGGACACCACCGUGGGUUGGGUUGGUUUAACCAACAAGCCAGCUACAUCCAACAGCUCGAUUGUGCAGCUGCUCGAAUCUAUGGGAGCAGUGCUAUAUGUUAAGACAAACAUUCCUCAGUCACUAAUGAUGGCCGACUCGUACAAUCAUGUCUUUGGUCAAUCUGUCAACGCCUUCAAUCACACUUUGAUUUCUGGCGGAAGCUCUGGCGGCGAGGGUGCUCUUGUGGGUGCUGGGGGCAGUAUCCUGGGAAUUGGCACCGACAUUGGCGGUUCUAUCCGAGUUCCUUCAGCUUUGCAGGGCCUUUACUCCAUAUUUCCGACGACAGGACGAGUACCGUGGGACUGCUCAUUCUUACAUCAACAUUACUUGAUACCCCCUGUUGCAGGACCCAUGGCCUCGUCUCUCGCUAGCACGGAGUAUUUCAUGGAGAGCCUUCUCGCGUCCGAACCGUGGAAAGUUGACGCAACCGCCAUUCCUAUCCCAUGGAGAAAGGAUCUCGCAACUCCUCCAGCUGAUCGAAAGCUGAAGCUGGGGGUUAUCUUUGAUGACGGUGUUGUCAAGCCGCAGCCACCUGUUGCAAGAGCGAUGCGUGAGACUGUAGAGGCUUUGAGGGCUGCGGGCCAUGAAGUUAUUGAAUGGGAUACAUCCCUUCACUUGGCCACCACCAACCUGUGGACGAAAGGAAUUCUGGCAGACGGCGGCCAACACUGUCGCGCCCUAUGCGACCUCAUCGACGAACCAUUGAUCGAGGGGAUGAUUGUUGGCACGCCAAAAGAUCUUCUUUCAGUCGACGAGCGAGAACAGUAUGAGCAUACGGAAAACACCAUUCAAGCAGCUUACUUGAAGCAAUGGACUCAUUCAGGAAUCGAUGCCCUUAUAAUGCCAGUCUUGCCGUGGGUGGGCUACAAACCCAAGACAUGGGUCAAGAGCAAGCAAUGGUUGGGCUACACAGCUAUGUGGAAUCUGCUCAACUAUGCAGCAGUCACCGUCCCUGUCACAAAUGCGAACAGAGAUCUUGAUUCUGUAGGUGCAAAUGGGGGCGAGUGGGAAAAUCAUUCCAUUAGGAACGAGUCGGAUGCUUUCAACUAUCUGCAAUAUGAUGUUGACCUUGUUCAUGGGAUGCCCGUUUGUGUGCAAAUUGUAGGAGGGAGGUUUGGAGAAGAAAAGGCCGUGGCGGUUGGCAAAGUUGUUGAUGAGCUGAUGAACCAGAGGUCCUGUCCAUGA